CUCUAUGGCCGUAUGCCGUAUGGCUGUGCAAUCUGUAGUCUCUGUAGUCUGUAGUAAAAUCCAGUCACCACAGCACGACUGAGCACAACUUGGCAGGCACAGCCAGUCAACCCACGGGCGUAGAUGUAGAAACAUGUCAUUUAACGUUCCCGUAAACUCACUUCACUAAACAAAUUUCUCUCUGCAUUAAUUUAAAUUAAUAAUUAUUAUUUAAAUAAUAAAUAAUAAAAACCUCAUACUUAACUUCAAGACUGAAAUAUUUACAACAUUAAUACUCAUUAUAUUUUGUAAAUUUAAAUUCAUGUUGACGUUAACCCACAGGAUAAACAAUCUAGUGAUUAAUAUUAAUUAUAAAAUUAAAUAAUAAUUAAGUGUGAACGGGUUCUUUUUUUUUUUUAAGUAAGUGAAGUGUCAAACGUGAUUUUAAAUCGUGACAUCAGUGUUUACUUUUUUAAAUUGUGGAUAUAAAAUAAUAUAAUUUUUUUAAAACACUGCAUUGGAUAUUUUGGAUAAAUAUAAAUAUUUGUGAUAAUUAAUAUUAUUUAAAUACGAAAUGUAUUAAAUAGUUAAAUAAAAAUAAAUAAAUAAGUGUGUAACAUAACAGUGACGACAGUUUGAGCGUCUUAUGAGGGUCCCAUGGCUACCGGAUUGGUCAAGUGGUGGCGAACACGAUUUCUCGCUGGCUAUAAGCCUUUUUCCGUUGUCGGUGGUAUUGCUGAAGGAAGUGACUCUGAAGAAUUAUUAUCAGCAAGUGCGCCAUCAGAUUUAAAUAGCACAUCAUUACCGCCAUCAGCAACAUUGAAUACUGCAACAUCAACCUCAUCUUUAGUAUCAGUAUCGGUACCAGUUAUUCUACCAGAAACGUUAUUACCAGAGCCUUUAAUACCGGAAAUUCUGCCACCAUCAUCAUCUGCAAGAGUAUCACCUACGGUAAUUAUUAAUAAUACUGUUCCAUCAUCAUCAGCAUCAGCACCAACAGCAACAACUACACCAGCAGUUGUAUCUAGUACGACAAAUAAUCAUGAUGAACAACCGGCUGUGUCAAAUACAAGGCAAUUUAGCUUUGAGGAAUUUGAGUGUGAUGUUUCUGUUGCGGAGGAUAACAGAAGACGACAAGAAUUUUCUUUUACUCUUUAUGACUUUGAUGGACACGGCAAGAUAACUAAAGACGAUAUAGCUGGACUUGUAACUUCCAUUUACGAUACUCUCGGUACGUCAAUUGAAGUACCACCAUGCGGUAGUAAAACUAUAAAAGUUAAACUCACCGUGUCGCCGGAUAAAAAUGUAGACGAGGGUGUUGGUGGUGUUAGUAAUAGUGCUGGUGGAAUUGAUCCUGAAACUGGUGCUGGUACUGGUGAAGCUCAAACUCCUGCUGUUAAAAAAACCCCAACAGUACUAAUACCAACAACGAGUGUUGUUAACGCAAGUACGUCAUGCUGUCACAUCAAACCCGUCAAAUCGUGCAGUCACGCGACACAUGCCAACCGUAGGGUUCCAAGAAGACGUAGAAUUCUACGUAAUCGUGCACAGACAGAAUUAAUUGCCGAGUGGCAUAGUGAAGAAGAUGUUGAUAAUGUUCCAGGAAAUAUUUCUAAGCAAGAAGAAUUACGUAGACGUGUAGGUGGUGGAUCUGUUCAUGUACCAACACCUUAUUCAAAUAGUUCCGAAGGUGAUGUCAGUGAUGACAGUGAUUUUUCACCAACAGCAACACCAUUUACACCAUUAGUUACAACGAAUCACCGUAAACGCAGUGGUUCAAUGCAACGACAACAAUUACUUGAAAUAAUUCAAGCUAAUAUGGAGAAGAAUAAUCUCAGUUUUCACGCAUCUAGGAAACGACAUCAAAGCGAACACCUCCGCGUACCUCUUCAACGUCCUUAUGCUGCUGUCUCACCAAUGAGCCCAAUGUAUGUACAAACCAGCAGUAGACCACCGUCUGCGAGUCGUCAACCUCCUCCGGCCUAUCACAAACCGGUUAGAGAGUACUCACAUCAUCAUGCCACGUCUCUUUCUAAACUACCUGCCAAAGCUCGAGAUAAUCAGCGCAAAAUACAAAAUCAUAAUUCACAUACGACGACACAUUUUAGUAGUAGUAUUGAUACUAAUGUAACAGUACCAACGACAAUCACAGCAGCGACAACACCAACCCACCAACAUCAGCAUCAGCAUCAACAACCAAAUUCUAAUUCUAAUAAACAUCAUUAUCGUAAUAAUUUACAGUCAACGAUAAUGACAACACCGACGACUGCUAACACAGUAGUUGGACAUAAUAUAUUUAAUACUGAGUCAAUACAAAAAAAUCACAUAAAUAAUCAACGUAAUAAUGAUCAUGCUCAUCAUAAUUAUGUACAGUCAUUUAAACAGCAAAAGGCAUCUGUCAAUAAUAAUAAUAAUAAUAGUAGUAGUAGUAAGGCUAGUAAAAAACAUCAAUUAAAACAUGCAACACGUGAACAAGAGCAAGCACGAGCAAUGCAACAAGUUGUACGUUGGUUAGAACAAGAAUUUUCAUCACAAAAUCCUGAUAAUGAUACUAAUAAUACUGGACGUAGGCAUGUACAUGAACACAUUCAUCAUCACUAUCAUCAUUAUCAUGCUGAUCCAGUAGUCUGAUAAAUAAGUAAAUAAAUAAAUAUUUUUUUCUACCAAAAUAAUUCAUUAUUAAUUUAUAUAUUAAUGUAAAUAGACUGAUUUAAAGGCCUAUUUGUUGUGACAAUGCUUCGAAAAUUAUUUACCUGAAGAUCGGAACGUUUUUCGCGUAAAGAAGAUGUAAUUUGACUUGAGAAGUAGUUGGGGAUGGUCUGAAAUUUUUUACUGACUUGCAAGAUAUUUCAGAAAUUUUGAUCCAGUAGUUUUUUUUACUUUUGAUUUUUGUUCCGCGAAAAACGUUCCCAUCUUCAGGUACAUCGAAAAUGACAAAAAUAAUCAUGCAAUUUAUAUUUAAAUUUUUAUUUUGAAUACUGGAACAAAAUUAUGUCCUUGUACGAUUUAAAUCCAAAUUUAGUAUUUUAUAUUUCUCUUUUUUGUAAUGAGUAACGAAAUUAUGAUUGAAGGAAAAAAAAAAUUAGGUAUAGAUAAAGAUUUUUCUAGUAAGUCAA